AUGUUUCGGGAACUUUUCUGCAUUAUCAACAAUGGCCUGACGAAGCGAAAUUCGCACAACUGGGAGAGGACGUGGCGACAAAGGGGUGAACGGUCAUCCGAUUGUUAUGAUGAUGAUGAUGACGAUGAUGCUAAUGAUGAUGAUUCGCAUCAUGUUGAUUUUGAUGAUGAUGUUGAUGAUGGUGAUCACUCGGAUGAUAAUUCGGAAGAAGAUUUUGAUGGUCACGAUGAAGAACAUGAUGAUGAUAUUGUUGAUGAUCCUGAUGAUGAUGAUGAUGAUUAUAAUGACGACGGUGUGGUUUCGGAUAAAAGUCCUGUUUUGGAGGAUGAUGAGGAUUAUGAUGAUGAUGAUGUUUGGCUGAUGAUGAUGAUGAUGAUGAUGAUUAUGAUGAUGAUGAUGAUAGAUGGUGACAAUUUUGAUGCAGAUGACGAUGACAAUUAUGAUAAUGAUAUUUAUGAUCAUGUUGACGAUGAUGUUAUUGAUGGUGACGCUGAGGAUGAAGAUUCGAAUGAUGAUGAAGCUGAUACUGAUGAUGAAUCGGAUGAUGAUAAUGGUGUUGUAGAUGAUGAUGACGACGAUGAUGAUGACGAUAAUGAUAAUGAUGAUGAUGGUGAUGAUGAUUCGGAAGAUGAUGAUGAUGACGAUCAUGACGAUGACGAUAAAUAUUAUGAUCUUGAUAUUGAUGAUGAUGAUGUUGAUGAUGAUGUUGAUGAUUAUGAUGAUGAUGAUGAUGAUGAUGAUGAUGAUGAUGAUGAUGAAGAUGAAGAUAAUGAUGAUGAUGAUGACGACCAUGAUUAUCAUAUAGAUGAUUCGGAUGAUAAUGUUGUUGAUGAUGAUGUUGAUGAUUAUGAUGAUGGUGAUGAUCCUGAUGAAGAUGAUGAUGAUUAUGUUGAUGAUGGUGCUGUUUCGGAUGACGAUGCUGUUUCGGAUGAUGAUAAGUAUCAGGAUGAUGAUGAUGAUGAUGAUGAUGGUGAUGCUGAUUAG